AUGGGUCCCAGCACAGGGACCCCAUACAGGUGCUAUGUCAACCCUAUGACCUGCCAGCACAAGCCCUUCCUCAGCAACAACGGGCAGGUGUCGGCUGCCUGGGAUGCCUGCAUGGACCCCGGCAUGAACACUACCAUUGAUGCAGAGAAAACCAUCAACUACUGCAGCUGCAUGUCCUCCUACAACUACACCACUGUGAAUGGGACCGUGUUCAAGUCGGACGGCGGCUGCAUCCAGGACGACGUCAACAUCCCCCCCUGGUGCCUGGUUGUGGAGAAGAGCUGCUCGCAGCCUCCCCCCAAGAAGCCCAAUGGCCAGGCCUAUGACAUCUGCAGAGGCACGGAGUAUGACAUCCGGCAGGCAUCUGCCACUCUCCCCACGGGACCGGCGCUGCCUCGCCCUGAGACGCCCACCGGCUGCCAGUGCCUGGCCAACUGGAAUUACACCACGCCCGGCUCAAACCAGACGUCUUACUUCAACGGCACGUGCGGGACACCAGGCAUCAAAUCGGCGGGUCCCUGGUGCUAUGUGGAUAAGAACACCUGCUCGCACCAGCCGAUCGCAGACCAGAGCGGCCUGUACUACGACAACUGCGCCAAUGUCACCUCCAACCACACCAUGGACACAUCCAAGACGGUGAACUACUGCAACUGCCAGCCGGUGUACAACUACACGGCGGCUGACGGCGUCGCCUACAGCGUGACUAACGGCAGCUGCAUCCGCACCACCCCCUCGGAGCUGCCCUGGUGUUACGUGGUGGAGGACACUUGCAUCACCCCUGUGCUGCACCGCGAAGGCCUCGGCCGGAAUGACUCCGCCUGGGACACCUGUCUCACCACCGGAGAGUCGCUGUCGUACAUCCCCCCUCCCGGUGUUGGGAGCGCGUCCUCAGCUUCUGCUGGGGUCAACAGGAAGCUGGCCCUUGCCAUCGGCAUUCCAUGUGCAGUAGCGUUUGUUCUGCUGCACAUCCCUCUCUGCUGGGGUCUGUAUAUCCUGCUACAAAGGCGCCGUACAAAGAAGAAGGAAGAGGACAAGAAGGCAGAGGGCCUGCUGGAGAGGCCCUGGGGCCAGGAUGUGCUGCAGGCCUACAUGGACAAGCAGUACGGCGACGGGUCCAAGGAUGACGAGCACGGCAGCGGCGGCAAGAUUGUGGCCGGCAUGCCUCCCGCCAAUGGCAGCACGGCACACUCCAACGGCACCAAUGGCACCAACGGCUCCUCAGAGACCGUCGGCCUCAUCUCCGGCCGCAAGGCCUCCAGGCAGCUCAGCGCGGCGUCGAGUCUGCCAGAGGUGGUGCCCUCAUCCUCGUGGGAGAUCAAGCCGAGUGAGAUCGUCAUCUGCAAGCACCCAGACGGCAGCGACUGGGAGAUCGGCUCCGGCGGCUUCGGCAAGGUCUACAAGGCGCAAUGGAACGAUUAUCAGCAAGUGGCAGUGAAGCAGCUGAAGCAGCACGACGCGCGCAAUGAUAUCCGCUUCCUGCGCGAAAUCGCCAUCCUUAAGGAGUGCCGCUCCACUAACGUUGUCCAGUUCCUGGGAGCAUGCGUGGCGCCUGGCAGCACCAUGCUGGUGUGCGAGCUGAUGGAGGGCGGCAGUGUUUCUGACCUCAUCCGCUCCGGCCAGCUCGUCUGGAGCGAGGGCGGUCUGGACAUCGGGUUGGACGUCGCGCGUGGCCUGUCCUACCUGCACAACAACCGCAUUGCCCACCUGGAUAUCAAGUCCGGCAACGUGCUCCUCACAAGGGAGGGCAAGGCCAAGAUCGCGGAUGUGGGUCUGGCGCAGAUGGUGCAGAACACGCACAUCAGCAACCUCAACGGCAUGGGCACAUUCGCGUACGCUGCCCCCGAGCUGCUGACCGGAGGCAAGUGCAAUGAGCAUGCCGACAUCUUCUCCUUCGGCGUGCUCCUUUGGGAGCUCGUCACCGGCGAAAUCCCCCGCCGCGGCAAGCUGCGCGAGCUGCGCGUGGGCGAGGAGUGCACACAGGAAGUGGCGGAUCUGCUGGACAUCUGCAUGCGCACCAACGUGGAGGAGCGCCCGAGCGCCAAGGAGCUUGUGGCCGUCCUGCAGGCGCUGCCGCCUCAGCCGAACAACCGUCCAAAGCGUGCGGCCUCGGCGCAGUCAUUUGUGUCGCCGCUGGACCGUGCGGCGCACUCGGAUGACUCAUCCUCCACCCUGGGCCACAGCACCAACUCCUCCAAGUCAGCCUCUGGCUUCAACUUCUACCAAGGCAACACCGCUGGCUACUCCGACUCCAUGCCCAGCUCAGGGACCCUACCUCUCAUCAGAGAGCAGGACACCUCCCCCUUCGUGAACGGCGGCACUGCCUCCCAUGUCACGGAGGUUCACACCGAUGAGCUGCCAGUGAGCUCGGAUCCAUCGGCGCCUGUCGAGAAAAAUCCAGCCACGGAUGCCCUGGAAGCUGCCAAGGCUCUGGAAGCUGCCGAGCAGGAGGAAGCUGCCAGGCAGGAGGAAGCUGCGCCAGCAACUGAGCCCAAGGCCUGAGCUGCACUCCUGCACCAAGCCUCCUCCCUUGUACCAGUCUGUCGGCAUGUUGGAAGCGCAUAAUGUGCCCUUGGAACAGGGGAGGUUUUCUGUACGGAACCUACACUACUUGAAGAUCAGUGCUGAAAAUUGGAGGAUCAGAUCUGGACUGCUGCGCUGACAGAGGCCUCGGCAGAUGAGGUCGGGCACAAUUUUUUCCGGCGACUGAUGCGGGUAUUUAAGCCUCGCCUGCUUUGUGAGCAGAGAUGCCUGCCAUCAGAUGGAGGAUUAUCGCACCUGAGGCAAGUGAGGCAUUGAGGGCGGUGCCCUAAUGUUGUGGGUUGGUAUCGGUGGGUUCCAAGGGCCGACAAUUACUGGCCCUUGCUUGCAUGCAGUGAUUGGUCCCCUGUCCCUGCUGAGAGCCAGCACUCUGCAAUGAUGCGACACCGCUCUUUUCCGGCUUUGUAUUAGGCUUUUGUGCAGAUGCCUUUUUCUUUUGUCGUGCGCCAGGUCUCGGUCAUGGCGAGACAGUACUCCUUUUGAGUUGAGCGGUCAUUACAACAGGCGACUCAGGGCACGCGGUUGCUUUGUAGCUUCAGCUGAAGUGUAUUCAUGGUCUUGAAUUUUCCCGGAAGGCGGGAUUUGGUAUCUGUGCCGAAGCUGUCAUUGGAGAGCUCGUUUUGCCUCGCAGAGAUGGAGGCAUGCAAUAAUAUUUCGCAG